CGUCAUUAGACCCGUUGUUGUAAUCAAAUCAUGGCUUCGGAUAUGGCUAACGGCACUGGUGGCCACUCCUUGGAUCUGACCGUCCUUGGUCUAAACAGCGGGACAUCGAUGGAUGGCAUCGAUUGUGCCCUCUGCCGCUUCCGUCAAGAGACUCCGGAAUCGCCCAUGCACUUUGAGCUGUUGAAGUAUGGAGAGAUCCCGUUGGAGCCCGUGAUCAAGAAGCGGGUGAUGAACAUGAUCUUGCACAACCAAACCUCGCCAUCAGAGUUGUCAGAAGUAAACGUCAUCCUGGGCGAGACUUUCGCGUCGGCAGUGCACCUGUUCUGCAAGGACUACAAUGUCGACAUCAAGUCGAUCGACGUGCUAGGGUCCCACGGCCAGACGAUCUGGCUGCUCUCCAUGCCUGAAGCAGGCGAGACCCGAAGCGCACUGACCAUGGCCGAGGGCUCAUUCCUGGCCUCGCGCACCGGUAUCACCUCCGUGACGGACUUCCGCGUUAGCGACCAAGCUGCCGGACGCCAGGGCGCUCCGCUUAUUGCCUUUUUCGACGCGCUAGUGCUACACCACCCGACAAAGUUACGUGCGUGCCAGAACAUCGGCGGUAUCGCCAACGUGUGCUUCAUCCCUCCAGAUAGCCACGGCGGCGUUGACGAAUGCUACGACUUUGAUACCGGCCCAGGCAAUGUCUUCAUUGACGCCGUGGUCCGGCACUAUACUAAUGGCGAACGCGAGUAUGACCGAGAUGGCGAGAUGGGUGCGCGCGGUACAGUCGACCAGGAGCUCGUCGAUGACUUCCUGCGCCACCCGUACUUUGCCCUAGACCCGCCUAAAACUACCGGUCGUGAGGUUUUCCGUGACACGAUCGCCCAUGAUUUCAUCACUAAGGCUGAGGCUAAGGGUCUUGGCCCGGACGAUGUGGUCGCCACAAUCACCCGUGUUACGGCUCAGGCUAUUGUGGACCACUACCGUCGUUAUGCUCCUAAAGACCUAGAGAUCGCCGAGAUCUUCAUGUGCGGCGGUGGUGCAUACAACCCUAAUAUCACAGCUUUCCUCCAGAAGGAAUACCCCAACACCCGUAUUAUGAUGCUGGAUGAAGCCGGCAUUCCCGCUGGGGCUAAGGAGGCUAUCACCUUCGCCUGGCAGGGUAUGGAGGCCGUGGUGGGCCGCUCCAUUCCUGUCCCUACACGUGUCGAGACUCGUCAAGAAUACGUUCUUGGAAAGGUCUCUCCCGGAAAGAAUUACCGCAAGGUCAUGCGCCAGGGUGUGCUCUUUGGUGCUGGUCGCGAUCAUCUCUCCCCGGUGAAGGAGCUGGUCAACUAUGUCGAUGGCAAGGUUUUCGACAACAAGUGGAAAUAG